GGUGCGUGCUCUCCAAAAUAUGUUGGUCAUUGUCAAGACACAUGAAAUUCACAUUUCUACCAGAUCAUAUAAAAAAUGGUGAUCUAUAAGAGCAAAUUACACAGUGAGCGUAAACUAUGAAACAAAAUUAGACAAUUUUUUUUGUUAUUGCAAACAAGGAAGUUGCAGUAUUAAAUAUGUAUGGCAUUGAGACGCAACCUGGUUUUGAAAUUACUAUUUAGAACUAGAGUUAUUGAAGAGGUUGCGUGCAAAUUUGAAAUUCAAGAUUUAUUGCUAACAUGCAAUAACAAGAAGUUCUACAAAGUUAGCUGAGAAUUUUUCAUCAAUUUCUUCCUACAAAAUGACAUUGGGUUCCUGAUUAUCUAUACUGUUCUUCGAAUUCAGAAUAAUUGAGUAUUCAUUUUCUAAUCUAUGUGAAAAGUUCUGUAGAGGAUGUUUCUUGCCAAAUACAUAUUUCUGUUAAGUUAAUAAAGCUUUAUCUUGCUAUAUAAUCUAGGUAUUAUGCUUGUCCCACUAACAAAACAGUUAUUGAUAAAAUGAAAGUCAAACUCUUCAAGAGCAAAAUGGUAUGUUCAGAUUUUUAUUCAGAAGGAAUUAGAUUUAAUCAAUAAUUCUAGUUGAUUUUCUGGCAUCUCCUACUUGACAUGCUUUGUAUAUUGACUAAAUUCGAUUGCACUUCACUCUUGUAUAUCCUGAAGAUACUUUAAACCAUAGGCCUAUUAAUUUUUCAUAGCAAAUCUGGAUAUUUGAUAUAUUUUUCUAGUUUAUACAAACAAGAAGACCUACCAAGAAAUCUUGCAUCAAAUUAGAGAGUCCCUCUUCUAAAUUGCUCUCAUACUCAUGAACUAUAUAUGCAUAAUAGCAAUGUAAAACAACACAAAAAGUGUAUUUCAUACCCAAGGUACAAUUUGAGUAUUAUUUAUACAUAAUCUCUCCAAAGAUUAUUUUGAUCCUAAUAAGUGAAGCAAAUUUUGCAUGAUUAAAAACAAUAUUGUAAAGUGGUGGAAAAUGCUUUCAAAUGCCAUUCAAGGGCAUAUAAGUGGGUGGCCCUUUCACCAUGGCUGAUAUGAAGGGGCCCUGGGAAACCAAGCAAGAGAACAAACCUACAACAAGAAGAUAAAGAAGAAGAAAUUAGAUAAAGAGACAUCCAUAUCUAAAACUGAAACCUAAUUGUUUAUUUUAGCUUAGCUCAGUUAGCUGUACUGGUGGUUAGCCACUGUGUGUGUGCUGAACUGUGGAAAUCCAUUCAAACCUUAGAUUCUUGGUUCAAUUCCAUAACUGCUCCCAUUGUAUUUCUGGCUAUAGUACCGUGGGACAACUAAAAAAUGGAGCAAAAUAUCUCUUAAAUUCUUAAGUAAUUUAAGCUUCGCUUAUCCUAAUUAAUAACUAUUUCACUUUACUCAUGGUUUUGGAGGUUGGAACAUUUUGUGAAUGAUGGGAAACAUGUUAGGGAAUGUUUUAAGUGGGUGCUUUUGAGUGAUUUUAUAAAAAUGAAGUGACCCCAUUUCAAAAUUACGAAGGUGGUUAAAUUACAUAUUACUUACCUAGAUAAGAUUACAAAUUAACUGUUAAGAUAAAGUUCUGUCUGGCCUAACCUGAGUUUCAUUGUGUGGCAAGGGUUAUGCAAAGUAGGUAAAGUACUGGCAGUACUGUAGAAUUGGUUUCAGAUUCAGGAAACAUUUCCAUAAUGUCAUCAUAUUGAGUUCAUAUUGUAUAAGUCAGAAGAUUGGAUUGGAAGUCUGAUUGUUACAUUGAUUCCAGUAUUAUAAUCAAGAACAUUUAGACAAUAAAAUCCAUGUUGGGAGAAUGAAUUAAGAAUAAGGAAGGACAUUUUGCAUAUGCUCACCAAUGCUUGGUUAGAAAACAGCUGCCCUGAUUGGUCUCUGCUUAGAGCUCAACACCAGAAACCUACAGUAAUCACCAUGAAAUUCGAUUGCAUUGACAAAAUCAUUAGUGGUUGGUUUGGUCGCUAUGGUAGGCUUCUUGCCAGGCAACCACUGCCCUUCCUUCUUUUACCACUAUUUUUAGUAUUUUUACUGUUGAUCGGCUUUUUGCAAUUCAACGUCGAAGAUGAUGUUGAGUAUUUGUUCACCCCAGAAGGAAGUCCUGGUAAAACUGACCGGGUGAUUGCAAGAGAAUUGUUCAAAAAUGGAGAUGAAGGAACUGAGUUCCUUCCAAAUCGUGCACUGGAAACAUUUAUACAACGUGGAGAAUUAAUCGCAACACCAAAAAAGGGUAAUAAUAUAUUAUCUGAGGUCACAUUUGGUGAAAUACUUGCUCUGGAUGAGGAUAUACGUGCAAUCAAGAUAUCCAUAAAUGGCACAGAAAAGGACUACACUGACCUUUGCAUGAAGUGGGAUGGGCAUUGCCUUACAAAUCCUGUGCUUGAGUUUUUUGAUAAAGACACAGUACAUCUACAUACUCGUAAUUUAACAUACCCAAAUGCAGUAAAAGACAAUGAACCACUAUUCAUUGGGAAAAACCUAGGAGGUGUGACAUUUUACAACAAAGAAGAAGGAACUGUAAAAAGUGCUCAAGCAAUGGCGAUACAUUAUCUUUUGUCUGGAAGUGAUCAGGACUAUGGAAAGGAAUGGGAGAAACGGUUUAUGGAAUUUGUUGCAAACGUUGCUAAAACAUCGAAAACCAUUGACAUCUGCAUGGCAACAUCAAUGUCUUUGGCGGACGAGAUGCUGAAUGCCAGUGUGAGGGUAAUACCACGGUUUGCUGCAACGUUUGGAAUGCUUAUCGUAUUUGCGAUUUUGUCUUGCAUCCAGCGUGAUUGGGUUCUCAGCAGGCCUUGGCUGGGUCUGCUUGGAGUAAUAAAUGCAGGCUUGGCCAUUUUAAGCUCUAUCGGUAUGCUAAGCUUUGGAGGCAUUAAGUUUAAUAUGGUAGUAGCCUCAAUGCCUUUCCUCAUUCUAGGUAUUGGUGUUGAUAAUAUGUUUCUUAUGAUAGCUUCAUGGAGACAGUGCAAACAGAACCUGUGCCUGGAGGAACGUAUGGGAAGAACAUUUUCAGAGGCAGCUGUGUCCAUCAGUAUCACCACUUUAACAGAUCUACUUGUUUUUGCGAUUGGAGCCAGCACAAAAAUACCAAGCGUUAGAAUGUUUUGUGCUUACGCAGGUCUUUCGGUUCUUUUUAUGUACAUUUAUCAAAUCACUUUCUUCGGCGCAUGCAUGGUUUACACUGGGCAACGCGAGUUAAAGAACCAUCACUGUUGUUCAUGUAAGAAAGUUCUUCCACGUGAGGAAGCACCAACACGACUCUAUCGCAUUUUUUGUGCAGGAGGUUUCUCUUCACGCACAAGGAAUUUUAACGUUGAUCUUGAACAUCGUGUGAUGAAGUUUUUCCGUGCGUACUACGGACCUUUUCUGAUGAAGCCGUACGUAAAAGUGUUUGUACUACUUGCCUUCAUUAUGUAUUUUCUCAUCGGUAUUUACGGAUGUGCAAGAGUGCAAGAAGGUUUGCGUUUGAAAUACAUUGCUGCUGAGGAUUCUUAUCCGUAUAAAUAUUACGACAAGAAAGACCAAUUUUUUUUACGUUAUGGCCCAUCAGUGAGCAUCAUAUUUACAGAUCCUUUACCCUAUUGGGAGGAAAAAUCUCAGGCGUAUAUAGAAGAAAUAACCAGGAAAUAUGAAGGGUCAGAAUAUGUAUGUAAAAAUUUCACAGAGUCAUGGAUUCGGGUUUUCCAGAAAUUUCUCUAUAUGACAUUGAAUACCACUGAUGUGGAGGAAAAGGUGUUUUUAUCCAUGCUUGAACAAUUUCUAGCAAGUCCUCAGGCAAAGAGGUUUAAUUUAGACAUAACAUUUAAUGAGAAUCGCACACAGAUCAUUGGCUCACGCAUACUUGUACUUACCAAUGACCUACACAAUGCUGUCGAGGAGCGCAACAUGAUGUUAGAAAUGCGUGAUCUCGCAGGAGAGGCAUCAUUUAACAUUACUGCCUUUGACUCUACAUUUAUUCAUUAUGACCAGUAUGUAGGUGUACUGCCAACGACAAUACAAACACUGGGAAUCGCAACAGCUAGCAUGUUUAUUGUCGCAUUGCUUAUGAUACCGCACCCAGUCUGUACAAUUUGGGUUACUUUUUGCAUAGUUUCUAUAGACAUUGCGGUGAUUGGGUAUAUGACAUUAUGGGGCGUCAGUUUAGAUGGAAUCUCAAUGAUGAACAUUAUUCUAUGUAUUGGCUUUAGUGUGGACUUUACAGCUCAUAUAACAUACGCGUAUGUAACCUCCCCUGAGAGUACGCCAAAUAAGCGAGCCAUAGAUGCUCUUCAUUCUUUAGGCAUGCCAAUUUUACAAGGCGCGUUGUCAACUAUAAUUGGCGUUUCAGCAUUAUGCACAGCACCUAUGUAUGUCUUUACAACUUUUUUUAAAACUCUGUUCUUAGUAAUGGUGUUUGGCGCACUCCAUGGACUUGUGUUUCUCCCAGUUUUUCUCACGGUUCUUGGACCGUGUAUGCCGCAUGCAGCUGAAGAGCAUCCGCAGUCAGAGGAUGUUGCACACUCCUCAAAUGAUGAGAAGAAGAAUACGUAUGUUGCUAUGAUACCGGUCUUUCUAGACGAUAAUAAGAAACAUGUAGUGGAUGCAUACAUUAGUGUUGUUUGAAGUAUGCUAUGCAUUUGUGAUGCUAGAAUCCAAUGGAAGUUUACAUGAACAUUUUGAGCUAGGAUAAGCUUACUUUACUUUAUUUGUGACAUGUAUUUCUUGGUAAUUGGUCCUCGAGAAGUACUUUAAGAAAACUGUUUAGGGUCAUUAGAAGUAUUGUCCUUACUGUUUUUUAUUCUCACUUAUAGUUAUAAACAAUUGUGUUUUAAAUGUUUUGGUUUAUAAUUAAUUUGCUUGAAUUUCUUGAUGGUUAAUUUUUUAUAUUUUGUAUAUAAUGCAUUUGGAUUGUUUUUUUUUGUUUUGUUUUGUUUUUUUUUUAAGGCAGUGACAAUAGUUACCCUGAUCUUAGAUGAAUUUUGAAUUCUGACUACAAUAGAAUCCAAAUCAGAAUUAGAAAUUCAAUUAAAACUGGUGUAACAAUAGCCACUCCUUAUUUGUGUUUUAAAUUAUUUUCAAUUAAAUAAAGCAAUUUUUUUUUUUUAGAAAAAAUAGUUAUUUUAUUACCUUAAAUUGGUAUUCGUAAUAAUUAUGAAUUCAAGGAAAACUGGUGUAACAAUAGCCACUCCUUAUUCAAUUUUUUUUUUACAAAAAAAAUUAUUUUACUGACUGAAAUUGUUAGAUGUAACAAUUAUUCAAAUGAUAGUAUAAUGAUUUAGGUUAGUGCAGCAAUACAUAAUUUCCUCCCUCUUACAGUACCAGUAUAUUGUUAUUUCACGUUAAAUGUAUGUGUAACAGUUAACCUACGUAAAAUUGAUAAAUGCAAGAUUGUAACGGACACGAGCAAGAAGCAAUGCAUUAUAAAUUACGCAACUUAAAUAAUUAUUUUUUUCUGUGUGAAUUUAAGCAGAUGUAUACCAUGUAAUGUAAUGGUAUAAACAAAUGUAUGUGUGUGCAUAUAAAUAGGAGGAUACAUCAUAGAGAAAAGUGUGUGAAGAGCAGAUUGGUUAGUUUUGUGUGAGAGGGUGGUGUGUGCUUGUACUAGGUUGUAGGCUGUGCAUGUGGGGAUAUGACUUAGUGUGUGUGGGGGUGUGUGUGUGUGUGUGUGUAUCAAUGUAGGAUAU